AAUUACGUGAAAUGUAUAUUGAUCUCUUUUUCUUCUUUCUGAUACUUUUAUAUCGCCAAUAUAAACCUAAAAAGUGGAGGGGAAAGAUAUUAAGAACACAGGCGACCUCUGUUGUGGCAACGGUCGUGCAUCUAACUAUGCAUUGCAUUGCUGUUGAAAAUGGCGUCAGGCUCGGAGCUGCCAGAAUAUUCAUCCCCAGCAAAACGACGAAAAGUUGACGGCAUCGGUUAUAGUGGUACCAGUAGCCAGAAACCUGAUUUCCAAGAUUGUGAGACAUCGCAUGAUAUCCCCAAUGAAGAUCCCGAAGAGACAUAUGGUGGAGAUAGUGGAUUCAAUGAAUUAAGUGAUGAAUCCAAAUCAACUUCUAUUUCACCGGAUGCUACAAACUUAAUGACAACUCCAUCACGAAUUGACUCAACUAGUGAUGACACUGGUUGUCUAAUUGAUACUGCAGAUGAGAAAGAUGAAGUAUCAUCAACAGUUUCAAAUUUGUCUGAUUUAUCAGGACUUUCUGACUUUUCUGGUGAAGGAGAUAUCAAUCAUCAAUGGAGAAAUGCAUCUUCAUGGGUUCAGAAGCAAAUGUUGAUAGGUGCUGAUCCUCGAAAUCUUUUACAUCAUCUUCUCAUGGAUUCUACUCAGAUUCCAGAACAGGUUGAUGAUUUGACUCUUUGGAAGAUUAUAAUAAAUAUGAUGUCAGAACCACCACGCCGACAAAAAUUAAGACAUAUAAAUACUUUGACAGAUGUUGUCAGAUUGAUACGUAAUAGUAACAGAAUAAUAGUUUUAACUGGGGCAGGUGUAAGUGUUAGUUGUGGAAUUCCUGACUUCAGAAGUAGGGAUGGUAUUUAUUCUAGAUUAGCACAAGAUUUUCCAGAUUUGCCAGAUCCACAGGCUAUGUUUGACAUUAAUUAUUUUAGUCAAGAUCCAAGACCAUUUUACAAAUUUGCACGAGAAAUUUAUCCUGGACAAUUUAAACCAAGUCCUUGUCAUAGGUUUAUAAAAAUGCUUGAUAAACAGAAAAAACUUUUAAGAAAUUAUUCACAAAAUAUCGAUACAUUAGAACAAGUCGCAGGCAUUGAAAAUGUUAUUGAAUGUCAUGGCUCUUUUGCUACUGCAUCGUGUACAAGAUGUAAAUAUCAAGUGAAAGCUGAUGACAUUAGAGAAGAUAUAUUUUCCCAGAGAAUACCAUUGUGUCCAAAAUGUCGAAUUAAUAUUUUGCCUCCCAUUUCGGAGAUUAAUCUUAACGAAAGUUAUAAAGAUUUAGUGACACAGGGUAUAAUGAAACCAGACAUUGUUUUCUUUGGCGAAGGACUUCCGGAUGCUUUUCACGAUGCUAUGGCUAAAGAUAAAGAUGAAUGUGAUCUUUUAAUUGUAAUUGGAUCAUCAUUGAAGGUCCGGCCAGUAGCAUUAAUACCUUCUUCUAUUCCAUCUCAUGUUCCACAAAUCCUUAUUAAUCGUGAAUCAUUGCCACAUUUAAAAUUUGAUGUUGAACUCUUGGGAGAUGGUGACAUUAUUAUAAAUCAAUUAUGUCAUUUAAUGGAAAAUAGUUACAAAGAAGUAUGUUGGAAUGAUACAAUACUUAAGGAAGCAACGCAAUUGUUAACAUUGCGUUAUGUAACAGAUGAUACUUGGGAACAAAGUCAAGAUACAUCAUCAAAUACCGUAUUAUCACGAGACAGUGUGGAAAUUAAUUUUAAAGCACAUGAUCCUCAAUCUAUUGAAAGUCAAGACAAUCUUAUGAUUCACAAUAAUAUUGUAGAACACUAUGAAGAGAAUAUGAAUGCGCGUAUUUCACCUUUCUGCAACAAUCAUACCAAUAGCAUAGAAGAAAAAUUCAAUCUUUUAGGAGAGAGUCCAAAAAGAAGAUUAGGGGAAUCAAGCGUAGAAAGUAGCCCAAAAAGAAUGAAUUUUGGUAGCAAUUGUGUAUUACAUUUUAAUACAUGUCCUUCAAAGACAGAGACUAUUUCAGAGAGUUCAAUCGAUUAUAAAUUUCAUACAGUUUCUGUAGAAUCUACAUCGAAAGAUAUUGGGAAAAUUUAUAGUUUAGAAGAGUGUCAAGUAUUUCCAAGAAUAAUAGAGAUCUCUUCGGAAAGUACAUUAUUAGAUUCUACUUUAAAACCGCAUCAUUGUGUAGAAAAUAGAACAUCUUUAAAAAUGAAUAAUGAUUAUUCAACAAUGAAUUCUACUGAAGUUGAAAAAACAAAUUUUAAACCAAGACAAGCUUCUAUCGAUUCUGCACUAGAUUCUGGUGUAGGUGACAGUUGUAACAGUGUUGACAGUCACGAAGACAAAAAUAGCAAAGAAGAAUUAAAAAAUGGAACAUUAAAUCAGCAUUGUUGGCAUCCUAAAAUACGAAAAAGUCUUGCUGAAAGAUUACCAGAAAAUUCUUAUUAUCAGUUGGCACCUGGAAAAUAUGUAUUUCCUGGAGCAGAAGUAUAUUCAGAUCCUGAAGAGUACGAUCAUUGUUCGCUUUCUAUAAAUUCUGAAAGUUCGGAUAGCGACAGUGAUUCUUCAUCUAUAGAUGAAGAAGAGGAUGAUGAAGUUGAAGAGGAAGAGGAAGAAGAGGAAGAGGAGGAGCAGGAGGAAGAAAAUGAGGGGAACGAAAAUCAAGUUAAAGAUAAUGAUGAUAAGCUGAAAGUAGAAAAACUAGGUAUGAAAAAAGAAGCCAUGAAGAGGAGACUAAUGAGAAAAAUAUUAAAGAAGAUGUAAAAGGACAUAGAAAAAUAGAAACAAAAAAUGAUAAGAUAGAGAAAGAAAAUAAUCAACAAAAAAAUAAUGGAAAAAGAAGAUGAAAGGAGAAACAUAAGUAAGUUUCAUAAUGAGAAUAUUUUAGAAAAUUAAAAAAAAAUGUAAGUUUGUUAUUAAAUGAAAAAUGAUUAACAUAGAUAAAAGUGAUAAAUUGGUGUUAGAAAAAAAAAGAAUAUUAAUACAGAUGCUAAUACGUAACAUGACUGAUAUAAAAUGGACAACAGUAAAUUAUUCAUGCAAUGAUAUACAUGAUUUAGGGUAAAUUGCAUCUGAAAAAUGACGAUUUUAAUUCUUACUACUUUUAUCAAACUUGCUUGUUUGAUGAAGCAAAUGAUAAAUAGUUGGAGGAAAGUGCAAUUUUUACCAUGUUUCACGUAUACAUACAUAGUCUUUACAUAUGUAAAGAGAUGAAAAAA